AUGGAGGAGCGGCCGUUGGCGCCGGAUGAAGCGCCGGAAGAGGAUGAAGGAAGAUCGUCACCAUCCACCACACUCCACAGCAGCCCGUCACUCGAAGAUUUGCCGGAACUUCAUCUGCAUCUCGAAAAUGAGGCGGUCCACGAACACGAGGAAUGGAAGCACCACAAAGAAGUUGCAUCUUCGAAGGUGGCCACCGAUCGACACUCGCCCACCAGUUCAUCUCUCGAUGAUGUUGAUGAUGAUUACGAUGACGGGCUCACCGGCGCCAGAGGCGAAGGUGAAGGUGAAGGUGACGACGGCGACGGACUGGUGUUCGAGGGCAGCAAGCUGGGCUUCGAAGCCGACGGAAACAGCGGCCGGAAGCUGAGCCAUCGCCAGCUGUGCGGCCUCGCCCUCUACUGGUUCGCCCGCAGCGCCUGGUGGACCGCCUUCACCAUCCUCCUCCUCCCUCUCCAGGCACGUGCGCCGUGUGUGUUGGAGAUUGCGGGGGACGAGUACAAGGGAACGGCGGUGGGCGUGAUCACACUCACCGGCGGCGUCCUCUCCCUGGUGGCCUACCCCAUCGUCGGCAUUCUCAGCGAUCGAACCCAAGUGAAGAAACAUCAUCGGGUGCUGCCCGUGGGCCGGCGCAUGCCCUACAUGGUGGUCGGGGUCCCAUUCAUGGCCGCCUCCAUGCUCGCCUUCCCCUUCCUCGAACAUCACGGGGUAGUGUGGCUGGUGCCGUACGCGGUGGCCUACCUCUCCAUUCAGCUGUUCGAUGCGGUGGCCGCGGCGCCCUAUCUCGCACUCGUGCCCGACAUCUUCGGCGUGGCCUCGGGCUGGCUGGGGCUGAUGAGCAUGCUCGGCAACCUGGUUGGCGGCGGCGUCCUGGGUGUCGCCUUGAACGGGCUGACCAACUACGGCGCCUUCUUCCUGCUCGCCCUCGUCCAGAUCCUGGGUCUCCUCGGGACGGUGUUCAGCGUGGCCGAGCGGCCGAGCAUAAUCGACAUCGCCGCGUUCGAUCCCGACGGCGACCGCUUUUCGGGCGUGCCGCCGCCCAGCCGCCGCCUCCUCCGCCUCCUCGAUUGGAUCCGCGAAGCCCUCCGCCCCUUCAAAGACCCCAACUUUCGAUGGGUGUUCUGGACGCGUUUCCUGUUCACGGCGGGCUUUCAGAUCAUCAUCCAGUUCCUGCAGUACUUCAUGCGCGACGCGGUGCCGAGCCCGUACGAGUUCGCAGGGCUCCUCUCGCUCGACGACCCCGAGGCCGCCGUCUCCUUCUUCGUCGGCAUGGUCACCCUCGGCUCCGUCGUCUCCGCCCUCCUCUCCGGGUAUUUGUCGGACAGGUACGGGCGUAAGGUGGUGGUGUACGUGGCGGGCGCCAUGAUGGCGCUGAUCCCGCUGGUCAUGAUCGUCACCGACAACUUCACCAUCAUGAUUCUCUCCGGCUUCGUCUUCGGCCUCGCCUACGGCGCCUACAUCACGGUGGAUUUUGCGCUGGCGAGCGACGUGUUGCCGCGCAGCGAGAGCCACGCCACAGACCUGGGCGUAUGGCACAUGUCCUGGGUCCUCCCUACGAUGAUAACACCGCCCAUCGCGGGGCUGAUGAUCGACCUGCUGGAGCCGCACGGCGAUGUGUUCCACCUGGCCCACCUGGGCUACAAGUCGGCCUUCCUCCUCGCCUCGGUCCUGCUCCUCGCCGCCGUCGUCUUCGUGCGACAGAUCCGCGUCAGCAACAAGGUGGAGGAGCUGGGCGGGCCGGGGGUGGGCGGAGGGAUUGGACAGGAGAUGCGAACUCUGGCCGAUCACGACCGAGCACCUUGA